AUGUCUUCUAGCAAACGCAAAGAUAAAACUACACUUACUAAUAAACAGAGACAAGACAUCAUCACAUAUAAAAGUAAAUAUCCUAAUAUUAGCAAUGUCGAACUCGUAGACUGGGUAAAGAAAGAAUUUAAACUUGAUGUUCAUCCAAGUACUAUUGGACGCCUAAUAAAAAAUAAAGAAGAUAUCGGAAGUAACCCUGCUGCAAAAAGACAAAGAACGGUUCAACAUCCAGAACUUGAAAAUACAUUACUCGAGUGGGUUCUACAAAAUCAAGAAAGAGUAAUUUUAAGCGAUGCAAUUCUAAUAGAAAAAGCAAAAACUUUUGCUCAAAUGUUAGAAAUACCCGAUCUUAAUCUUGAACCUGAUACUACUUUAGCUACUAAACGUCUUAAAGGAAAAAAAAAAGAUUUAGAGCGGUUAACCUUAGCACUUUGUGCUAACGCUGAUGGUACAGAUAAAAUAAAAAUAUUUGUAAUUGGUAAGUCCCCCAACCCACGUUGUUUCAAAGGUGUAAAUCGUAAUGGACUUGGUGUUAAAUAUGAUGCAAGUCGUAAAGCAUGGAUGACAACGAUUUUGUUUCAAAAGUGGCUUAAAGAAUUUGACUUGAAGAUGGCUGGCCCUGAAAAAGAUGAAAAAAUGAAUGUUCUUGAUGCUAUAAGGUUUAUUGCUCGGGCAUGGAGGGAAGUAACACCAGAAACAAUACAUAUUGAGGCGCUUAACUUUCAAAACAUUAUGGAUCUUGAGGAAUAUAUCGAUUACCCAGGAGAAAAGGAUACACAUGAAGUAUUGAGCGAUAAAGAAAUUUUGGAUCUGGCCACCAAUCUUGAACCUGAGAAUGAAAGUGCUGAAGAUGAUGACAGUACAGAAAUGCGUCAAAUCAGUCAUCAAGAAGCAUUAAAUGUGGUAGAAAUACUUGACCAAUAUAUUGUGCAGAAUGAUUUUAGUGAAAUAACCCAAACUGAACAUGACGAAGCUUUACUGAAAUUGCAAAAAGAAAUAAGGAAGCUUCGAAUUGCAUCUUUCAAGCAAUCAAGUAUUGAAACUUAUUUUGAGUUGGUUGAUUAG